AUGGCGAUCGCUUCGAAACACUUAGCGACGGUUUUUAUACGCACUUGGAUCCUCAUGAUAAUCUUCUGCUUUGCGGGCAACGCAGCGGGUUCUUGCCUGAGCUAUGGGCAUUCAUGUUGGGGAGCUCACGGGAAACGUAGCGGAGGACAUAACAACGCUUACUUUGUUCCAACAAACACGAUGAACGAUGUACAGCAAGAUGUACCUUCGUUCGCGAAGGAGCAAUGGGUAUUAUCUCGUCUGAUCGCUCGACCUUUGAUAUCUACCAAAUACAGAGGACGAUGGGACAUACCGUUCAAAAUAAAAACGCAUUUUCCACAGCACUGGGAAAAUCGUGAGCUUAACACACGUGUGAUCAGCGAUGAACCUCUUAGGGAUCAAAAUAAUAACGAAGACGAUGACGAAGGGAAACAGAGAAACAUUAAUGAUAUGCAUGGCAUAGUGGGAAGGAUUAAUGAAGGCCAGAAGGAUGUCCCAGAAAUAUUCUUAAUAUCAAAUAACGGUGAACACGAGCAAGACAGGAAACCACAAAAUAUAGAACUGAUCAAAUUUCUGAGCGAUUCCAGCGAUAAUUUGGAAUGA